GAGAGCAGUCACGUGGUGCCGGAAAUAAAGUGCGCAACUGUUUACCGAGAGGAUCGUCAGUGAGUGAUCGCACAUUAAUAACACACUUCUUUAUUAAAUACCAUCGCGCUGAAGUUAACAUCUGCUUUAGUUGAGUCCUGAUCAGCGGGAGAACAUGACGCUGAACCAAAACCAUCACCCGAACGGAGGAGUGCUGAUCCAGGCCGGAGAGAGCAUCUUACGAGAAUGUAAGAGCGUCGAACUGACCUUCAGUGACAUCACACCCAAGAACGACCUGUUCAAGGGGACCAAGAAGGGCUCCGUCUUCCUCACACAGUAUAAGAUGGUGUUUGUGAGCAGUGUGAUGAAAGACAAGUUCUGCUCCUUCAUGUUCCCGUAUUACCUGAUGAAGAACUGCAGCAUUGAGCAGCCAGUGUUCGCCGCCAACUACAUCCAGGGUCUGAUCAAAGCCGAGGCGGGAGGCGGCUGGGAAGGCCAGGCCAACUUUAAGAUGUGUUUCCCCAGCGGAGGCGCCAUCGAGCUGGGACAGCAGCUCUUCAAACUGGCCACCAACGCGUCUCGAGCUCCUCCGGCUCAGAACGGAUCGGCCGCAGGGAUGAACGGAUACGCCAGUCCAGCCAUGCCUCAGCUGUACCCGUAUCCCAGCAUGCCUCAGCCCGCCUACAGCCCGUACCCAUACCCCCCCACUGCUGCAGGUGUGUAUCCCAGCGCUCCCAUGUACAUGGCUCCGCCUCCUCCGUAUCCCGGACCCCCACAGGACUGGUGUCCUCCACCAGUUGCUCCAGGAAAUGCCAAAGCAGCAGAAGCAGCCAGUAGUGCAUUUUACAAUCCCAGCAACCCUCACAGUGUCUACAUGCCCAUGGAUCAGCCGCCUCCGUAUUAUCCUCCUGAGAAUCCCGACAAGAAGAACAUGUGAACGGACCGGAUCACGGACUGAUCCGAGCGACUCGUUUCCAUCUGACAGUUUUCAUCUGAUUCUGUGAUGAAAGCAGCAGUUUUCAUAGAUACACUCUGACUUUAAUAUUUAAUCAGCGAGAGUGAAAUUAACACCUGCCUUCCUUCCUGCUCAGUUUCUAA